UAGUGAACCAUCCGCAUUGUUGUUGGUUGCAGGCGAAGAGUCGUAUAGCAGCUCGUCGCAGCAAGGAAACGACGCUAUGUUUGAAUGGCAAUCAAACCAAGCGUUCUCGUAGUGAUUAUUAGUUCAUAAUUAUAGUCCUGGCGGCCGCUGUGGUUAAAGCGUUUGCAGCAUUCCAGAUUUAUCCAUGCAGAUUUAAAUUGGUGGUCCUUGGAUGAUAACAUUGUGUACGGAAUAACCGCAGGCCACCUCGCCAGAAAGCUGUUCCUUUCUUUAUUCAGCAGAUCAGAGCUUUGUAAGGAUCCCCAAUGAAGAGAAAAUCUCUACCUCACAAAGUAUUCUCCCCUCAGUGGCUACCUUCCCCUAUCAAACUUUCCUCAAACCGUGAGAUGCUGCCUUACGCCCAGGCCCAGAGAAUGAUCGAACUAGAAGUUAAUGGCCGGUUGCACCGGUUCAGCAUCUUUGACAAGCUCUACAUCAUCACGGAUGAGGAUCCCAUUGCACAGGAAAUUAUGGAGUGUACCAGCAAUAAGGAGAAUGCUGAAAAACACCAGCAGGUUUUGGUACGUUCUGCACGCCUCAGAAACAGCCAGAAGAAAAAGAGCACUGCUGUCACCGCACAAAAUGCUUUAGUGCAAGGCAGCACUCUUCCCGAGCCCAAAUUCCGCACAGUGGAUUACAAUCUCCCAGCAAUCCCACGCAGACCUUCUACAUACUACAAGUAUGAGGAGAAAACUUCAGAAGAGCUAAAUGAGGAGGUGGAAUAUGAUAUGGACGAAGAGGACUAUGCCUGGCUUGAGCUGAUCAAUGAGAAAAGAAAGAAUGAAGGUCUUAACCCGGUUUCCCCUAAUGCCUUUGAGUUCCUUCUUGACCGUUUUGAAAAAGAAUCAUUUUUAGAGAUUCAGUGCCAACAGAGUCUACAGUCCUUAAUCGAUGAAGAUGCUGUUUGCUGCAUAUGCAUGGAUGGAGACUGCAUGGACAGCAAUGUCAUCCUGUUCUGCGAUAUGUGCAAUCUAGCUGUUCAUCAGGAUUGUUAUGGUGUUCCAUAUAUUCCAGAGGGACAGUGGCUUUGCCGACAUUGUCUGCAGUCCCCAACACAACCCGCUAACUGCAUCCUCUGCCCUAACAAGGGAGGAGCGGUCAAAAAGACAGAAGAUGACCAGUGGGGUCAUGUUGUUUGUGCUUUAUGGGUUCCCGAGGUUGGGUUUUCCAACAUGGUCUUCAUUGAGCCUAUUGAUGGUGUUUCAAAUAUUCCGCCAGCUCGAUGGAAGCUUACCUGCUACCUCUGUAAAGAAAAAGGUGUUGGGGCUUGUAUCCAGUGCCACAAAGCGAACUGCUACACUGCUUUUCAUGUCAGCUGUGCACAGAAGGCUGGUCUCUUUAUGAAAAUGGAGCCUAUUAAAGAGUUGACUGACUCAGGUGUACCCACUUUCUCGGUGAAAAAGACAGCCUACUGUGGGGCCCACACCCCAAAUGGCUCCAUUAAAAGACCUCUUACAAUUUAUAAUGAAACUAAGACAAAUGACAGACUUUGUCAGUCAGUGGACAAAAAGAGCAGCAGGACAAGUUUAAAAAAACAGAAGAGACUUAAAAACAAUGAGGUGGAAUUUGUAGGCCCAGUUCCAAAUGCAUCUGUACCCAGUUUUUCACCUGAAAGGUUAAACACAAUCCUCAAUCAAGUUUCUUUACAGAAGAAGGCGGCAUUUGGUGAACUUGUAUUGAAUUAUUGGAUGCUUAAAAGACUUUCAAGGAAUGGAGUGCCACUCAACAGACGCCUCCAAACUAGCCUACAUUCCCAGAAAAACACACAGCCGAAACAGACAGAAGAGGAAACUGAAGCAUUGAAGGAGCAGCUGAAGGAGUGGCAACGGAUGAGACAUGACCUUGAGCGAGCAAGACUCCUGCUAGAGUUGAUAAGGAAGAGAGAGAAACUCAAGAAAGAAGAGAUUAUGCUUCAGCAGACAUUAAUGGAGGUCCAACUCACUCCUUUCACUGUCCUUCUGAGGACUGUGCUGGAUCAGUUACAGGAGAAAGACCAAGCACAUAUUUUUGCAGAGCCUGUUAGCAUUAAAGAGGUGCCUGACUAUAUGGACCACAUCUUGCACCCUAUGGAUUUUUCCACCAUGAGGAAACGCAUUGAUGCACAAGGCUACAAGAAUCUGGAUAAAUUUGAAGCUGACUUCAAUCUCAUUAUUGAAAACUGCAUGAAGUACAAUGGCAAGGAUACAUUCUUCUACAGGGCAGCUGGUAGAUUAAGAGACCAGGGUGGAGCUGUGCUAAGGAAAACUCGCAGAGAUGUUGUGAGAAUAGGCUUUGAUUUUGAAACUGGCAUGCACCUGCUUGAACCACCUAAGAUCGAGCCAUCUGCACCUUUCUCCUGGGAAGAUGUGGACCACUUAUUGGUUCCAGCCAAUCGAGAGCUCAUGUCAUUGGAAGAGCAGCUGAGGGAGCUACUGGAAAAGUUGGAUCUGACUACAGCAAUGAAAUCCAGCCCAUCACGGAGCAGACGACUAAAGCUGCUUAAGAAAAUCAUUAGUGAUGUGAGGAUGGAGCUGAGUUUGAAGAAGGCUUUUCGUGCUGUUGAACUGGAGAAUGCUGCAGAAGAAGCCGGCCAUAUCCUUCAAAAAGGUGAUAAAUCUGUCCCACCUAAGCUUGAGCCAUCUGUUUCUGUGCCGCCCUUCAUUAAUGCGGGAUGUCACUCUGAACCACCCAAACUGAAACCCAUUGAACCCAGUCCCGACAAAAACCGGCACCACCAGGAUGGCAUUUCCCAGCCAUUCAAUGGACACUCCCAUCUGCAGUUAGAGGACAGCGAUGUCAGUGUAUUAGCUACAUCAACUCUGGCCGAGCCAUCAAGCCCAGUAAACCGACGAACGUCUGUGCUUUUCCACAAAUCAAAAAGCACAAGCCCUCAUAAGCCCAUGAGAGGUGGUGAAACUCCAAAGGGCAGUUCUCGACUAGGCACAAAAACAUUCUUGUCAGUCGUCAUACCACGCCUAGAGACAUUACUUCAUUCUAGGAAGAGACCACGGAGUACCAGUAGAGACAGUGUUGAGGACGAACCGCCCAUCAAACGCCUGGACCCAGGGCUGUCAAAUGGUUUUAAUCUGGAGCCGGAGAAAGAGUUGGAUUCUAGUAGGCAGUUGGAGCCUCGGCGCAGGUGCUUAUCUGAAUCCAGCAUGUCCUCCAGCAGCAGUAGUAUUGCAGUUAAUCUACCGAAGUGUGGAAAGGGGAAGCCAGCCCUCAUCCGGAGGAACACAGUGGAGGACAAGAAUGAGAUUAUUGCUUGCAUCGAGAGUAGAAACUUCGCCAAGGCUGCUAGAAUAGCUGCUGAAGUUGGCAACAGCAGUAUUUGGAUGCCUGCUAGUGCUGCUACAGUUCUGGAACCUCUCAAAUUAGUUUGGGCUAAAUGUAGUGGAUACCCCUCCUACCCUGCCCUGAUCAUAGACCCUCACAUGCCACGAGUGGGGUGCCAGCACAAUGGAGUCUCUAUCCCAAUGCCCCCGCUGGACGUUCUACGGAUUGGAGAACAGUUGCAGUACAAGUCAGAAGAGAAACUUUACCUCGUUCUCUUCUUCGACAACAAACGUAGCUGGCAGUGGCUUCCUAAAUCCAAGAUGGUUCCUCUCGGUAUUGACAAAACCAUCGACAAGAUUAAAAUGAUGGAGGGCCGCACCUCAGCCAUCCGCAAGGCUGUUCAGACUGCCUUUAACCGUGCCAUGAACCAUCUGAAUCGAGUCCAAGAUGAACCUAUUGUGAUGUUCAGUGAUGUUGACUAAGACUGGCAAAUGCAGACACAUUUCAAAGCCUUACUAAUCGUCAUCCCUGACUGGCCCCCUUCUGUAAAUAAUGUAAAUCGCUUAUCACUAACUUAUUCUUCAGAUUUACUGUAAUGGGUACUGUACAUACAUUUUUUUUUUUUUAUAGUAUUUAUACAUUUUCGUGAAUUAUUCCCAGCAUAAUAACUUAUUGAUGUUGGAAAAAAUUGAAAAAAUAAAUUGUGUGAAACUAAAGUAAAAGAAUACUGUAAUCAGGGCUGGAACAUGAUGUGAGAGUACUUGCUUUUUUCGUGUUUAAAUUAUUGAAGUUUGUACACACAGGCUUUUAUUUGGCAUUGUAUUUGUAACCUAAGAAUGUUUUUACAACAAUUUUAACCUAUUUUGAUGUAUUAUAUAACUAAAUAUAUAACUUUGUCUUUGCAUAUUAGUAAGUCAUUUUGUUAUGAAAACCACAGGUGUGUUAUUCUGAUAUUCUAAUGAAACCAAAAAAGAAAGAAAAAAAAAAUGCUGCCCAGACUUUUGUUUGUGUUGAGUGAAUGGUUUUGGUUAAACUUUUUUUUCUUAAAUGUUUGUAUUUGUAUGUGGGAACUCCAUAAUGGCUGUAGGAUACUGUACUUGUACUGGUGUUAAUUUAUUGUGUUGGGUGGUAUGUUUAUUCACUGGGGAAAGGAUAAAAUAUUUUACUGGACUUAGGAGUUAUUCUUGUUUUUUUUUGUUUUUUUUUUUAAAUCAGACCCUGUUUACAUUGACUUCUUUAAUUUAGUUUUAGUCUGGGUUGUAGUAGGAAGAUUUGGGAAUACUUUUUAAACAGUAUGUCAGUUAUUUUAGUUGGUAUUACAACUGUUGAUUGAAUU